AUGGAGGCACGAGUGUUCAAGCUCCUCCUUGGGUUCAUUUACAGUGACUCAGUGCAAGAGAUGGAGGAAGAAGAAGACGAUGUCAUGUGGCAGCACUUGCUUGUAGCGGCAGAUAGGUAUGAUCUCCUGAGGCUGAGGCUGAUCUGUGAACAGAAGCUGUGCACAUACAUCAGCACGACUACAGUGGCAACGAUUCUUGCGCUAGCUGAGCGGCACCAUGGCCGUGGGCUCAAGGAUGCUUGCUUCGACUUCCUUAUCAGGGCUCAUGCCAAUCUGCAGGAGGUAAUGGUGCUUGGCGGCCUGGACCACCUAGCCAGCACCUGUCCUUUAAUCCUCAAAGAGCUCAUUGCCCAGCUUGUGUCACCUAAUAAGAAGGCUAGGAUUGAUGUCAACACAGCAUUCGUCGUGGUGCCGGCAUCUGAUAUGCACCAGCAUUUCACUCGCCUUCUCCAGUCUGGUGAGGGCACCGAUGUCAUAUUCGAGGUCAGCGGAGAGAAGCUACAUGCACACCGCUGCGUGCUUGCAGCCAGAUCCGCAGUCUUCUGGGCUGAGCUUUUUGGCCCCGUGAAGGAGGGCACGACCACCGGUGUCAUACGCAUAGAUGACAUGGAAGCAAAAGUGUUCAAGCUAUUGCUUACUUUCAUUUACAGUGACUCAAUGCCAGACAUUAACGAAGAUGAGGAGUAUGAUGACAAGGAAGACUUGGAGGAGGAGGAGGAGGAGGAGGAGGAGGACGAGGAGGACGAGGACGAGGACGAGGAGGAGGAGGAGGAGGAGGAGGAGGAGGACGGACGACGACGACGAGGAGGAGGAGGAGGAGGAGGAGGAGGACGACGACGACGACGACGACGACGACGACGAAGUGACGUGGCAGCACUUGCUUGUGGCAGCAGAUAG